GUGCGCUCCCUAACCCUGGACAAUUGGGAGCCCGAGCUUUUGGAGGUGAUGCGCAAUCUAGGGAACAAUCUAGUGGCCAAUGUCUACGAGUCCAAUCUCGCUGCCUUAUCCAAUACUUCUAACUCUCAAUCUCCACUACCCCGUCGACCGCAUGCAGGUGAACUCAACACGCAACUUCGUCGCUCUUGGAUUGAAGCAAAGUGGGUUAAACGGGUCUUUGUACGAUCCUUUGUCCAUCCCAGUGUGACAGUUUGGCUGCUGGAUCUCUACCGCUCCUGGCUACUUCAAGCUCAUUCGCGUAGGGUUUCUAGGGCACGGAACUCGCCUAAUGGUGCAGCAAAGGGAACUCUACCUUACUUGUCACCGUCUGCGCCUUCUACGCCAGGGUCAAAGGUCACAAGAUCGCAUCGUCCUCGAUUAGUGGAUAGAAGACGUUUCUCGACAGUUGUUAGGGGGUCUACGGCGAGAGCUCAAGUUACACUGGAUACUCUUUGUGCACAUCUGGAUUCCCUAGUCUUUGCUGACUCUGCCCGUUCUACCCCUUCUGCACCUCCCUCCAGCGUUCGAGAGAAGGCUGCCUCUCGGUUGGUCCUAGUAGCAGGCGCACGACUGGGCUGUGCUCCUCUAAUCCUCGCUGGAUUAGCUCGUGGUGCCUCUCCAAACGCCUUCCGCGAAGCCGCCGAGUGGGCCCGCCUCUAUCGCCUCCCCCAACCCUCAGAUGGGGACCCCCUUGGAGCUCUAACUCCCCCCCUAAUUUCCGCUGUGACUGGAGGUCGUAUUGCUGCAUGUGAACUACUACUCACUAAUGGUGCUGAUGCCGACCCCUUAAAAUUCAAAUCUGAAUCUCCACUGAAUCACGGUGUUCGUCUUCAGAAGACGCGAAGCGUUAAAUCAUUAAUCUACAACUUCCGCUUUGCAUGA